AUGUCGUCCGUGACGAAGAACCCUGCGCUUCUUGCUCCUUACCUCGACCUUCCCCAGGGUGGCAAGGUCGCUGCCGAGUACGUUUGGCUCGACGCCGAGGGCCACCCGCGUGCCAAGACCACUACCCUUGACGGCCCCGUCCGCUCGCUCGAUGAUCUGAAGGAGUGGAACUUUGACGGUUCGUCGACCGGCCAGGCUCCGGGCGGCAACUCGGACGUUUACCUCCGUCCCGUGUCGUACUACCCCGACCCCUUCCGCGGCGGCGACAACGUGCUUGUCCUUGCCGAGUGCUACAACAAUGACGGCACCCCUAACAAGUCCAACUACCGCCACAACGCUGCCAAGGUCUUUGAGCAGUGCAAGGACGAUCAGUGCUGGUUCGGCAUUGAGCAGGAGUACUCGCUCAUGGGCGAGGACGGCCGCCCGUACGGCUGGCCCGUUGGCGGUUUCCCUGGUCCCCAGGGCCCUUACUACUGUGGUGUUGGUGCCGGCCGCGUGGUCGGCCGUGACCUCGUCGAGGCCCACUACCGCGCCUGCCUGUACGCCGGCAUCAAGCACUCGGGUAUCAACGCCGAGGUCAUGCCCUCGCAGUGGGAGUUCCAGGUUGGCCCGUGCCUUGGCAUUGAGAUGGGCGACCACCUCACCAUUGCCCGCUACCUGCUCUUCCGCGUUGCCGAGGAGUGGGGCGUCCGCGUCUCGUUCCACCCCAAGGCUGUGCCGGGUGACUGGAACGGUGCCGGCUGCCACACCAACUUCUCGACCAUUGGCAUGCGCGAGGAGGGUGGCAUGAAGGUCAUUGAGAGCGCCAUUGAGAAGAUGAGCAAGCGCCACACUGAGCACAUUGCUGUUUACGGUGACGACAACGAGCUCCGUCUCACCGGUCGGCAUGAGACCGGUCACAUUGGCGAGUUCUCCGCUGGUGUGGCCAACCGUGGCGCGAGCAUCCGUAUCCCCCGCCACGUCGCUGCGCAGGGCAAGGGCUACCUCGAGGACCGCCGCCCGGCCUCGAACAUCGACCCGUACCGCGUCACUGGCAUCAUUGCCGAGACUGUGUGCCUGUAA